AUGUCAGGGGCAAAUUCACGUGACCAUCAGGCUCUCUUUGCCUAUUGGCUUAGAUCAAGUGUAGUAUCUGUUCUUUUCAGUUUAAUCUCUGAAAGUUUCCGUCUUGGAAACACUUUGAUUAUUCCUAUUUUUGGUCCCCGCGACUUGGCCUCUGCGCUUGCGCAUGCCUCGUUGCACUGUGUCAUCGGGCUUACACUGCCCCCGAUUGACGCGACUUUUUCAUCAACUGUUCGGCUUGUCCGGGCACUUGGAGAAGAAGCAUUCUUUACCUCUCGCACAACUCUUCCCUUUGCUUCGAAAGCGUUGUACCUAUAUUGGAAACGCGUUCUGCUGAUGUCUUGA